GUUUCUAAGUUUCUUUGCAGCCAUGGAGUCCAAACAAAAACCAAGGUUCUUGCUUUCCUUGUUGUUCAUAAGCAUAUGCCUCAAGUCCAAUCUCUGUUCUGGAGCUGACACCAUCACAGCAAACCAGUCUCUCUCUGGUGACCACACCAUUGUUUCAGCUGGUGGGAAAUUUGAGCUGGGUUUCUUCAAGCCAGGUAAUUCUUCAAACUAUUACAUAGGCAUGUGGUACUACAAGACACUAGUGUCUCUUCAAACCAUAGUCUGGGUGGCCAAUAGGGAGCAGCCAGUCUCUGAUAGGUUUUCUUCAGAAUUGAGAAUCUCAGAUGGCAAUUUGGUACUGUUUAAUGAGUCCAAAUUACCAAUUUGGUCCACAGAGGUCAGAUCAAGUUCAGGUUCUUCUGUACAUGUAGUUCUUUUAGAUAAUGGGAACCUUGUGUUAAGAGCUGGUUCUGAAUCAUCUUUGCCUUUAUGGCAAAGUUUUGAUCAUCCAGCUCAUACUUGGCUUCCCGAAGCUAGAAUUGGGUUCAAUAAAGUUACAAACAUAACCCAAGUCCUGACUUCAUGGAAGAAUGUUGAGGAUCCUGCACCGGGUCUUUACUCUCUUGAGCUCGACCCAAAUGGAACCGAUGCAUAUUUCAUACUGUGGAAUAGGUCUAGGCAGUAUUAUACUACUGGAGCUUGGGAUUCAAAGAAUAAAAUUUUCAGCUUGGUGCCUGAGAUGAGGCGUAAUUAUAUCUACAACUUCAACUAUUCUAAAAACAAAAAUGAGAGCUACUUCACCUAUUCUGUUUAUGAUCAGACCGUAUCUCGAUUCAUAAUGGAUGUAUCGGGUCAGAUUAAGCAACUGUCCUGGUUGCCAUCUCAGCAAUGGAACUUUUUUUGGUCUCAACCGAGACAACAAUGUCAAGUUUAUGCCUAUUGUGGGGCAUUUGGAAGUUGCAAUGUGAACUCUUUGCCAUUCUGUACAUGUGUGAAGGGUUUUGAGCCGAAAACGGAGGUGGAUUGGAAUUUGACGGAUAAUUCUGGUGGCUGCAAAAGACUGACUAUGCUGAAUGUCGCUAACAGUACUACUAGUAGUAAUGGAAAGGAAGACCGGUUUUCAGAAAUGCCUAGCAUGAGUUUGCCUGACAAUGCAGUGUCUACAGAUGCUGGGAGUACCGCGCAAUGUGAAAUCAUCUGCUUAAGUAACCCCUCUUGCACUGCUUAUGCUUAUGACAGCAGUGAAUGUUCAAUUUGGAUUGGAGAUCUCUUGAAUCUGCAACAACUCACAGGUGACGGUAAUGGAAAAACUUUGUACCUCAGACUAGCAGCUUCGGAGUUUAAGGAUCCGAAAAGUAAAAGGGGCUUGAUUAUCGGUGUUGUAGUAUGUUCAGCUGUUGGGAUAGCAGUCCUAUUGGGCGUUGUAGUGGUUGUUGUGUUGAGAAAUAGAUACAGAGUGAUUGGAAAAACAGUGGAGGGUUCAUUGGUGGCAUUUGAGUAUAGAGAUCUCCAAGAAGUAACAAAGAACUUCUCAGAGAAAUUGGGGGGAGGAGGUUUUGGUUCUGUCUUCAAGGGCACAAUGCCUGAUUCAUCAGUCAUAGCGGUGAAGAAGCUCGAAAGUGUUAGCCAAGGAGAGAAACAAUUCAGAACAGAAGUCAGCACAAUUGGGACAAUCCAACAUGUCAAUCUUGUUCGCCUUCGUGGCUUCUGCUCUGAAGGUGCCAAGAGGUUGUUGGUCUAUGAUUACAUGCCUAAUGGAUCCCUGGAUGCUCAUCUUUUCAGUUGUCCGAGCGAUGUUUUGAAUUGGAAAACAAGAUAUCAAAUUGCUCUAGGGACAGCAAGAGGGUUGGCUUAUCUUCAUGAGAAAUGUAGAGACUGUAUCAUACAUUGUGACAUAAAGCCAGAAAACAUUCUCCUCGAUGCUGAACUUUGUCCCAAAGUCGCAGAUUUUGGCCUAGCAAAGCUUGUUGGAAGAGAGUUCAGCCGAGUCCUUACCACAAUGAGAGGCACUCGAGGCUAUCUUGCACCGGAGUGGAUCUCAGGAAUAGCAGUCACAGCAAAAGCUGAUGUUUACAGCUAUGGAAUGAUGCUCUUCGAAAUUGUUUCAGGAAGAAGAAACUCUGAUCCAUCUGAAGACGGCAAAGUUAAAUUCUUCCCAACUUGGGCUGCCGGUGUGAUUACUAGUACUGAAGAAAGCGAUGUGCUGAGCCUCUUGGACCCAAAACUAGGGAGAAUUGGUGAUGUGGAAGAGGUCAUAAGGGUUCUUAGAGUUGCUUUCUGGUGUGUCCAAGAUGAAGAGAUUCACAGACCAUCAAUGGGUCAAGUGGUGCAGAUUCUGGAGGGGGUUUUGGAUGUGAACUUGCCCUCAGUUCCAAGAUCACUCCAAGUCUUUGGAGAUAGCCAGCACAUAGUUUUCUUCACCGAAUCAUCUUCAAGCCAAAGCUCACAUACACCAAGCAAUAACACAUCAUCAACUUCAUCUCAGGCCAAAAGCACUACAUCUUCAACUACCUCCAAGAUAUCUGAAUAGCAUCAAACAAGCACCUAACAGGCUUUUCUUUAGGUCACUUGGUUUGAUCCUCAAGUAAUUGUAAUAUAUCUGUGAUUGUAUCAUUGUGUAGUUAUUGUAUGGUAUUGUAAUAUAUAUUUAUUAUUGCUUAGCUCUAAAUAAAACUCACCCAUAUAGUUGUG